AUGGAAAAGAUGAUGAAGCAGCAGGAACUAAUAAGCAAGAAUCAUGAAGCCUCAAUGAGAAACUUAGAAAGACAAAUUGGACAACAGUCCAAGAGUGGAAGGAUAUUGGUGAAUAACAAAGAAGCCAACAAAAAGCCUACGGAGAAUGACAAAAGACCAGCUGAGAAAAGGGAAGCCAGCAACGAAGAAGAGGAUAAAGCUGCACUCAACAAGGAGGCUCAAGAGAAGCUUAAAGAGAAAGAUGACCAGCCACAAAAUUUAAGGAAAGGGAAGCAAGUAAUAGAGGAACCAUCUCAAGAACAAAGGCAAGGAGUGAAGGCUCACACACCUCUGUUGCCAUAUUCCCAAAGGUUCAACAAGGAAACCAAGGAUCAACACUUCCCCAAAUUCUUUGAAGUCUUCAAGAUGUUGGAGAUUAAUAUCCCCCUGGCUGAAGCAUUAGAACAGAUGCCUCUAUAUGCAAAGUUCUUGAAAGAGCUUAUUAAUAAAAAGAGAAGUUGGCAUGAGAAGGAAACCAUUAUGCUCACUGAAGAAUCCAGUGAUGUGAUUCAAAGGGGUAUCCCACCAAAGCUCAAGGAUCCUGGGAGCUUCUUCUUGCCUUGCACCAUUGGUAGUCUAACCAUUGAUAAGGCACUAUGUGACUUAGGAGCAAGCAUCAAUCUAAUUCCCUAUUUUAUGAUGAGAAGGCUAUGCAUAGAGGAGGUAAAGCCCACACAAAUGUCACUAGAGCUUGUGGACAAAUAA